ACAAAUAAAUUCCUCUAGCUAUCAUUUCCUUAUCUUUCUUCUAAGGCAUUUUCUCUCUCUAAUCUCUCAAUCCCUCUUAUUUAAUAGAACCUAAAGAGAGAGAGCCUAGGUAAGGAAAAAAUGUCUAGCAAUGGAAAAAUAGAGGAAAAUAAGGUACCCUUAUUAGAUUAUGCAGCUUCUAAUAUCCACAAUAGUUAUAUACUAGAACAAAACCAAAAUGAACAAAGUUUUUCAAAAAGAUUUUGGAUUGAAACAAAGAAGCUAUGGCAUAUAGUUGGCCCUGCCAUUUUUAGUAGAAUAGUUUCUUACUCCAUGUUUGUUAUCACUCAAGCUUUUGCUGGUCAUCUUGGUGAUCUUGAACUUGCUGCUAUGUCCAUUGCUAGUAAUGUUGUUCUUGGCUUCGAUUUCGGUCUCAUGCUAGGAAUGGCAAGUGCAUUGGAAACAUUAUGUGGACAAGCAUUUGGUGCAAAAAAAUACUACAUGUUAGGAGUAUAUUUGCAACGUUCUUGGAUAGUACUCUUCUUAUGUUGUAUUAUAAUGAUGCCUUUAUUUCUCUUCGCAACGCCAGUUUUGAAAUUUCUUGGGCAACCAGAAGAUGUAGCUGAGCUCUCUGGAGUUGUAGUUUUGGCCUUUAUUCCACUCCACUUUUGCUUUGCAUUUCAAUUUCCACUGCAGAGGUUUUUACAAAGCCAAUUGAAGAAUAAUGUGAUAGCUUGGGCAAAUUUUGUGGCAUUCAUUUUUCAUGUGUUGAUAAGUUGGCUGAUUGUGUACAAGUUUCAUUUGGGUAUUAUUGGGACAACACUUACUUUGAAUAUCUCUUGGUGGUUGGUUAUGUUGAUGUUGUUUGGUUAUACUGUUUUUGGUGGCUGUCCUCUUUCUUGGACUGGUUUUAGUAUGGAAGCUUUCUCUGGUCUUUGGGAUUUUUUCAAGCUCUCUGUCUCUUCUGGAAUCAUGCUCUGGUAUUAUUCUCUAUCUCAAGUUUCUAGUCUUUUGUUUGAGGGACUAAGGUCACGGGUUCGAGCUGUGGAAACAACCUCUUGCAGAAAUGUAUGCUUGGAGAACUGGUAUUACAGGGUGCUAAUUGUGAUGACUGGUAAUUUGGAAAAUGCUAAAAUUGCUGUGGACGCAUUAUCCAUUUGCAUGAAUAUCAAUGGUUGGGAACUGAUGAUUCCUCUUGGAUUCUUUGCUGGAACUGGGUAUGUCUAUUUCCUUUUGUCAUUUACAUAAUUAAUUUAAUCUUUUCAUAUUAGACAUUAUGAAAAUAAGUGAAUGGUAUAGGUUCCAUCUUACACUUGACAGUGAAUUAUGAAAAUGACUGAAUUAGACAACUAGUUGUUUUUUGUUUUCUUCUUUUAUCACAUGAAUUAUUUUUUCCUAUAUAGCCUAACUACUAAUAGUAGCAAUGACAAGUCAGGAAUUUUCU